AUGCUCUCACUCUACUCGAUCAAGGAGGUGGGCAACUUUGCAAAGGUGGACAUCGACCGGCAGAAGAGGAGGGGAAUCCCCGAGGUGGUCUUUGCACAGGGCAAGACGGCCUCCGAGACAAAAGGGAUAAUCGAGGCCAUGAUGUCCGAGUCCGGCUCCGUUGUCGUAUCCCGCAUCAGGGAGGCCGACUACUCCGGGGUGGUCUCUUUUGCCAGGGACUCCGGGUGGAGCGUCUCCUGCGGGCAGAACUCCACCUCGAUCCUGAUCUACAAGACCGCCAUAAAAAAGGCCGCCGGCAGCGUCGGAAUAAUCACUGCGGGAACGUCAGACAUCUGGAUAGCCGAGGAGGCCAGGCUGGUGUGCGAGGCCAUGGGGUGCGAGUGCCACACAAGCUAUGAUGUGGGAAUUGCGGGAAUUCAACGGGUCUUUGCCAGCGUGCACGACAUGAUUGAGAAGGACGUGGACGCCAUCGUGGUGGUUGCCGGAAUGGAGGGCGCCCUUGCCACCGUGAUAUCGUCCCUGGUGGACGUGCCGGUGGUGGGGGUGCCGGCGUCGGCGGGGUACGGCUACGGCGGGGAGGGAUCUGCCGCCCUGGCAUCCAUGCUGCAGAGCUGCGCACUUGGCAUGGCAGUUGUAAAUAUAGACAACGGCAUAGGUGCGGGAGCCGUUGCGGCAAGCAUAUCUAGAAGGGCCAACAGGCGCAGAUAG